AUGAAUCGACGAGAACAACGUAGACGACCAAAUACAGUAACACGAACAUAUCCAAUUUAUACUAUACCUUCAUCAGAAUUAAGUGAUGAUGAUGAUAAUGAAAGUAUCAUUGAAAUAAAACCUAUCAAACGAUAUCGACAUCAUCGAAAGCAACCAUUAAGAAUCGAACAACAAAAACCAAUUAUACCAUCUGUUGUUACCGAUAAUUACAAAUCACAAUUAAUACAAGUCAAACCAAAACGAAAACAACAAUCAGCAACAAUACAAACAGAUGAGAUACCUACUAUUUUAUCAGCAACAGAAAAGAAUGAAGAAUCAUCGUUGAAAUUAUCAUGUAUUAAAAAUAUUGAAGGAGAAAAUAUUGGUAAACCAAUAGCAAUUGAUAUAAAAAAUAAUACAGUAACUUAUGUAUCAAUAUUAGGUAUUGAAGGUACUCGACAACGUUUAAAAGAAUUUCGUCAAAAAACAUUAAAUUUAAUUAAUGAAUGUUGGCCAUCAAAUGCUGGAACAAUUAAAGAUGUUGUUAAUUAUAUUGUUAAUAGAAAACAUUAA